CAUGUUGACAUACAUUAGAACAUGUAAAUGAAGCAGAAGAAGAACGCUCCAUCAGAGCUUCCAUCUGUCUGCUGCCCGGUGUGUGGGAUGUCGGAGGACACCUGAACGCAGCACGGAUCACCUGCCUCCCCAGGUGAGCUGAACGAGUGUGAUGAGCUGCUGGAGGUGCAGCUGUGAUAUAAAAGCAGAGCAGCUGCAGCUGCAGCUCACAGCUUCUGUCUGCAGCAGCCUCCUCACUGCUGAUCAACCUGCUGGAGCUCAACUCUGUGGCCUGGGCUUCUUCUCACAGCUCGACAUGCUGCUGGAAUCUGUUCUCAGGGUCUCCUGGAUCUGCUUCCUGCUCCUCAGCUCUGGAGCUUGUUACCCUUUUGUAAUUAAAGGUCAAACAGGUUCUGGAGGAGCUGGUGGAGGAACUGGCUCUGGUGGUUCUGGAGGAUUUGGAUCUGGUGGUUCAGGAGGAUCUGGUGGUUCUGGAGGCUCUGGUUUCUUCAGUGGUUUCUUUCCCUCUGGAUCUGCAGGAUUUGCCCCUCUGAUUAACUACCCACAGGGGUUUUCCUACAGUCUGCUUGACUUGAGACCAAGGUUUGUCGGUCUCCCAGACCCCUCAGUCUUUAUCCCUGAUAACAUUCCCACCGAUCCGUUCCCAGUAGUCGUUCGUGGUCCUACGUCCUACAUCGUCCAGUCCAGUAACGGCUACCAGCGAGCCAGAGAACUCUUCUCCCACUCGAAAUACAACCCGGAUGACUUUGGUCCAUUUAACUCUCCGGUGAACCCAGGAGAUCCUAUCCAAGGACCUGGAGCUGGACCUGGAACCAAGGUCUAAGCAGGUAAGAAGCAGCUGGAACAUGGAGUGUAGAAGAAGCUGCUGGUUCAGGGACUGACUGCUGUUUCUUUGUUUCUGCAGGUGGACCUGAUCAGCAGAACCUCCAUGAAACUACAAAGUAACUUUUAAUAAACCUAAA